GUCUGCUGUUCUGCUGUUCGUAUGCAUUACAAUUUUUGCUUUGGCAUGUGAUAUUAGUGUUUGGACAAUUAAAGUUGGUUCAUAACAUCUCAUCAAAUUUGGUUAUAGAAAUUAGAAAGGUAAGUGGGAGGCUUGGAUAAGCAAGUGGUAUUCUGCGGGUCUAUGAAAUUGGUAGUAAGAUUAUAGGUGGUAGAGGAUGAAAAUCUAAAUCAGAAUAGCGUGCCAAAAUUUACUUUGGCAUGGCACAGCGAUCUGCAUCGCUUCUAAAUCGGGCGUCAAAUGAUGUAUGUAAACCAUUCUUUGCGUAUUAUGCAGCAUAUUAAUAUGAAAUAUAGGAAAGUUACAAAAACGGUAUAAACUUAUUAUUGUGGUCAUGAUGAUCAUCAAUAUUUCUGUGCCUUUCUUUUUUAUUUUAUUUUAUUUUAUGUUUUUUUGUUCUUUAUAACAAUAAAUAUGCAAGAAUCUCAUAGAUUACCUAUGCGUGAAAAAUCUGGCUACUGCUUUACCGCGUAUCCCGGUGCUCUUCACUUUCUUCUUUUCCUGUGAAUGCCGCCCACCGGAAAUAGUAGGACACAGGAAAUAUUACUCCUGAAGUGUCUAUUUAAGCCUGUCUAUGCCAUUGGUAAUGCAAUCAAUUCUUUGAAGAGCUUGUUGGAAUAGGAUUUUUUUUUUGGGGCAAUGGCACCUGAGAUGAAUGAGAGGUUGCAAGGCAAUAUCACUACAAAAGGGAAACCAUUUAUGAGCUGGAACAAGAGACUGACAGCACUUGUUGUGGAUGAUGGAAUCACGUGUCGAAUGUUGGAGAAGGGACUUCUCACUUCAUAUGGCAUAGAGACUCAAGCUGUGGAAAGUGGCCCUGCUGCAAUUCAACUUAUUUCUAGUGGAGCAACUUUCCACCUUAUUGUCAUUGACAUGCAUCUAUCUGGCAUGAAUGGACCAGAGACUAUUAGGCAGCUUCGCGCUAUGGGUGUACGUAGCAGGAUCAUGGGAAUUUCUAUAUUGUUCACUGAAAAAGAGCGCAGGGUAUUUCUCGAAGCCGGAGGUGAUCACUACAUGGAGAAGCGCAUGCAUCCAGAAAGGUUUAUUCCCAUCCUGCAUGAGCUUGACAAUCAGUGAUGGAUGAAGUUCCAACACACCAAACCAAAAUAGAGAACUCCUUUGCACACAUACAUAUGGUGUAUCUAUGUUGAAGUCUUUGGCGCAAGCUGCUGAUGCACCCUUUGUGGAAGAGAAAUGUUUCAUGUUUUCCCUUUUGAUUUCAUCAAACAUAUCAUAUCAAUAAAAGCUAAAUGGGUUUUAAUUUU